GUGAUUGUAUUAGCCCAGCAAAACUACCGCUAAAAAAUCAACCCUCACCUACACAAGGAAAGCAAGACACUGUCGCAGCUGGGUUCAGUGAACCUCCACCAGAUACAGAUUCUCAAUUUGUGAAUUAAUUUCAAGCGAAAAAAUAAGAAAAAUGCCAGACAUUCCAUUUGUGCUGAACUUGGAUGGCCCUGAAUCCAUUUUCUAUGGCCACGACAUGUUCCCCAAUCGCAUGUAUCGUCGGCUGCACUCUCGGCAUCACGAUCCCUUGGAUUUGCAUACAUUGGGUAUGAUUGCCCAGUUGGGUGCACAUGCUCGUCAUCUGGUGGCCCAGAAGCACAGUGGCGAAAUAGGCCACACCCGAUCCACUGGCCAGGACAAAGAAGGCAAUUAUCAGGUGCACCUCGAUGUGGGGCUAUUUGAGCCAGGUGAGCUGAGCGUCAAGCUGGUGGAUAAUUGCGUCAUCGUUGAGGGGAAGCACGAGGAACGUGAAGACGAACACGGACACGUCUAUCGCCAUUUUGUACGUCGCUACCCCCUACCCAAGGAGUACAAUGCAGACGCCAUCGCGUCAACUUUAACUGACGAAGGUGUUUUGACUAUAACGGUGCCCCCCUUAAAUCCCAAAGUUGAGGGAGCCGAACGCAUCAUACCGAUUAAACAUGUCGGGCCAUCCGAUCUCUUUGUCCAGAAGAACAAUGGGCAAAAGGAGUCAAUUGAAGGCGAAGCCAAGUAAACAGCACAAGCGGCAGCAGCAGCCAAUGAUGCACUCAAGUGAUUUACCAAGACUCUCGUUUUUAUUGCACUCUCAAUAUAAUCAAAUAAUGCACGCUACAUUUUUUAAUAAUUCA